AUGUCGCCCGCCAGCAUCCCUGACCGCUCCAUUAAGAUUGCUGUGGACCGAGGCGGCACCUUCUCGGAUGUACACGCGAGCUGGCCUGUCGAGGGACAGAAGGAGCGGAAGGAGAUAAUCCUUAAGCUGCUGUCGUCGGAUCCCGGACACUACAAGGACGCCCCACGAGAGGGCGUCCGCCGCGUGCUCGAGAUCGCGACCGGCAGCACCUACAAGCGCGAAGACCGUCUCCCGGUCGACAAGAUCGACUCCAUCCGUCUCUCAACAACCGUCGCUACCAAUGCCCUCCUCGAGCGAAAAGGCGCCAAACACGCGCUUGUCGUCACAAAGGGCUUCAAGGACCUCCUGCUGAUCGGCAACCAGUCGCGGCCGCGGAUCUUUGAUCUCGAUAUCAAGCGGCCGUCGGUGUUGUACUCGACUGUGCUUGAGGUCGACGAGCGCGUGACGCUGCUUGGAUACACGAGUGACCCAAAGCACCCGGAACGGGCGGUGAAGUUCGACCAGGCGGGCAAGGUCGUCAAGGGGUACGACGGGGCGGAGCACACGGAGGGCAGCGUCGUGAAAGGCAUGAGCGGGGAGGCGGUCCACAUCCUCAAGAAGGUGGACGAGGAACAGGUUGAGCGGGACUUGCGGAAGCUGUAUGAUGACGGGAUCAGGGUGCUUGCGAUCGUCCUUAUGCACGCCUUUACCUACCCUGAACACGAGCAGCAGAUCGCCCGCAUCGCCGAAAAGAUCGGUUUCGAACACAUCUCCCUCUCGUCCUCUUCUCUCCCCAUGAUCCGCAUCGUCGCACGCGGCAUGUCCACCACAGCCGACGCCUACCUCACCCCCGUCCUGCACGAAUACAUCGACGGCUUCUUCAGCGGAUUUGACGAGAGUCUGAGGGAGACGAGUUAUAGGGAGACGAAGAGCAAGGAGCAGGCGCAGAGGGAGACGACGGUCGAGUUCAUGCGGAGCGAUGGAGGAUUGACGGACGUCAGCGACUUUAGCGGGCUCAAGAGUAUUCUGUCAGGUCCUGCGGGAGGCGUCGUCGGGUACGCGUUGACGAGCUGGGAAAAGGGCGGCAGGCCAGUGGUCGGACUGGACAUGGGCGGAACGUCGACGGACGUCAGUCGGUUCGACGGGGAGUACGAGACGGUCUUUGAGACGACAACAGCCGGCAUCACUGUUAUGUCGCCUCAGCUGUCGAUCAACACGGUCGCAGCGGGAGGAGGAUCGCGGUUGUUCUGGCGGAAUGGGAUGAUUGUUACCGGCCCGGAGAGUGCGGGCAGUCAUCCUGGUCCGGCCUGCUACCGCAAGCAGGGCUACCCCGCCGUCACCGACGCCAACCUCGUCCUGGGCAGAUUGCUCCCCUCUCACUUCCCUCAGAUCUUCGGCGAGACCGAAGACCAGCCACUCGACAUCGAGGCCUCGCGCUCAGCGCUCGAAGAACUCCGCAAGCAGAUCAACGACGAGACGGGCAACAACCUCUCGCUCGACGAGGUCGCGUUCGGGUUCAUCAAGGUCGCGAACGAGACGAUGUGCAGGCCUAUUCGGAGCUUGACGGAAGCACGAGGGUACGAUACGUCUAAGCAUAUCUUGAGUUGCUUUGGUGGAGCGGGGGGGCAGCAUGCGUGUGCGCUGGCGGAGACGCUCGGUAUAUCGACGAUCCUCAUCCACCGCUUCUCGUCCGUUCUGUCGGCGUACGGCAUGGCUCUCGCCGAGCGCGUCUUCGAGCGGCAAGAACCGUCUUCGGAGAUUUGGGGCGCCGACGGCUCGCAAGGUCGCCUGCAAGCGCGUCUUGACGAGCUCUCUCAGCAGGUCAAGAAGACGCUCUCGCAGCAAGGAUUCGCCGACGACCGCAUCGAGGUACAGCAGUUCCUCAACUGUCGGUACCAGGGCACCGAUUCGGCGCUCUUCACGCGCAAGCCGGACGACGGGUUCGACUUUGCCAAGGCUUUCGCGGCGAACUACAAGCAGGAGUUUGGUUUCUCGAUGGAUGCGCCAAUCAUCGUCGACGACGUGCGCGUAAGGGGAGUCGGCAAGUCGUUCGACUCGCUCGGGAAGAGCGUCUUUGAGGAGAUCAGGGAGCUCGAGUUCAAGCCCCUUGCGCGCGAGGUGGAGAAGGACGGCCAGGCGAGCAAGUGCCACGAGAAGGCGUCGGUCUACUUUGAGGAUACGGGACGACUUGACGUGCCGGUGUACCUACUGGAGAACCUCGAGGCGGGCGACGAGGCGGAGGGCCCUGCCCUCGUGCUGGACGGGACGCAGACCAUCGUGUUGAGUCCUGGAUGGUUCGGCCGCAUUACGAGCAAGCACUUGAUGGCGACGCGCAAAGAGUAG